AUGAACAUGAAUAACAGAGUUGGAGUUGGAGAAUUUGUUGAAGUUAAUUCUAAUACAACACGAUUCCGUAGAUUAUUUGAACAUUUUCGAAAGAGAAAAUUAAUGUGGAUAAUAAUUUUGAUUAUUCUAAUUGUUGUAAUUAUAGUUAUUCCAACAACUACUGUUAUGUUGACCAAAACUAAAAGAGAAAAAACAGUAACAAUAGAGAUAACAAGCGAAACAACAGAAAUAACAACAUCAUCAGAGAUAUCAACAAUAUUAACAACAAUAAUCGAGAGUGAACAAACACUUCCUCCUGUUAUCAUUGAUAACAAUACAAAAUGGAAGCAGAAUGCAUCUACUGUUGCUGGAGGAAAUGAAUGGGGAAAUGCAUUAAAUCAAUUAAGUCAACCUCUUGGUAUUUAUAUUGAUAAUGAUGAUGAAAGUAUUUAUAUUGCUGACGCUCUGAACCAUCGUAUUGUUAGAUGGGAAUUUGGCGCAAAGGCUGGUGAAAUUGUUGCAGGUGAAAAUGGAUGUGGAGACGGAAUAGGUCAGCUGAAUGUUCCAAGAGAUGUAGUUCUUGAUAAAGAGAAGAAAUAUCUCAUCAUUUGUGAAGCAAACAACUACCGAGUAAUUCGAUUGUCUCGCCAAAGUACUCAAGAUCAACAAAUAUUGAUAUCUAAUAUCGUUUGUCGGGGUUUAGCAAUGGAUAAUAACGGAGAUAUUUAUAUUUCUGAAUCGACAAGAAAUGGAAUCACACGUUUUCAAGAAGGAGAUACAGUUGGUACAGUUGUAGCAGGUGAAAAUGGACCAGGAGGUCAGUUGAAUCAACUCUAUGGACCAAGUUUUAUUUUCAUAGAUGAAUAUUAUUCAGUUUACGUAGCGGAUUCUCAGAAUAAUCGUGUGAUGAAAUGGAUAAAAAAUGCUGCCGAAGGCUUUCGUAUUGCUCCAGUACAAGUUUCUGAUAAAAAUCCCAGUUCAAUGUCUCAACCCGUAGGUGUGAUUGUUGAUCAUACAGGUAAUAUUUAUGUAUCGAAUUGGGGUAAUCAUCAAAUAAUGCGUUGGUCGCCAGAUGCAAUAGAAGGUAAUCCUGUUGCUGGUGAAAAACAAUCUGGAUCGGAACCCACGCAACUCCGUGACCCACAAGAUAUAUCAUUUGACCGACAGGGUAAUCUUUAUGUUGUCGAUACAGGCAACAAUCGAAUACAAAAAUUUAUUAUUGAUCGUGAUUGA